AUGAGCAGCAGCAAUAACAUCAAUAGCGACAACAUACCCCCAACAAAAGUCGCCUAUCUUCACGAGGAGGCUGAAAGCCAAAAUGGCACUAAUACUGCUGUGGCUGGUGAUGAUGGUGCCCUAGAUGAUCUAGGCAUUAUCAAGAUUGAAGAGUCCAUUGGUUUAUUAUCUGAUGUCAACCAACAAAUGGCUACUGGGACCACCAAUGGUGAAGGAGUGUCACCUAGGCCCACAGUGUCGACACCCAGAAGAGGAGGCCGACGAGGUCUUCCCAGAUCACAUCAGAGAAUAUACACUGCAUCAUCAGCCACCACUGAUAAUGUUCUGGAAGAUGACGGCAGCAUCGUGGAAUUAUCCAAAAUUUUGGAGGCAAGGGAACCGGCUCUGGUGCACCAAGGACAACAGCAGCACACUGGCACAUCUGGAAUUAUUCAAGAAAAUAGAGUUGCAAUCUCUACGAUUGCGGCAGCCAGAGACCAGAAAAUCUCAACGCCAGGGCAAAAUGAAAAAACCACCGGUGCACUCGAUGAGCUAGACAUUAUCAAGAUUUCAGAGGCACGGACAAAAGCAGAGUCCCUGGCCUUGUUACCUGAAGUCAACCAACAAGUGGCUACUGGGACCCCCAAUGGGAUAAGUCAGGAAUCCACAGUCAACCAACCAGUGGCUACUGGGACCACCAAUCGUAAGCGAGCGUCACCUCGGCCCGCAGUCCUCAAAUUCUUACGCAAAAGGGCUACCACCAUCAAUCAAGAACAAAAACUGGAAGAAGGAAAUAUUACCGAUGGCCUAUGCAAUGAGCAUGUAGGUCAGGCUGCAACAAAUCAGAAUCCAGUUGUCGAUGAAAGCCAACCAGGUGCCUACUCGGGGGCUCCUGGGCUUCCCCCGCAACGGAAUCCGACUCCAAGAUUUUCUCAGUUAGGCAUUGUGGGAACCACACCAAUUUCUUCACCGUCAUUGGAAAUGGAGAUAAGUCAAGAAGAAUCAGCAGAGUUGCAAGCUACCAACAUGCCAGACAGUCAAACUGGUUUGAUGGUGGCCAAUCUUGUUGCCGACCCAAGCCAGGAGAAUCUACAGUUGACGGAAGCAUUACAAUUAAUCCGCGAGAAUAACAUUGAAGAGCAAAAAGUUGACAGGAGUAAGCGUGCCAUGCUGAGUGCAUCAAAAUGGCUGCUCUUGGGGGUCAUUCUCAUUGUGGCAGUUGUCCUGGUAGUGGUGCUAGGGACUAGAAACAAGUCAGCAACUAUAGCACAAGAAGCUGUAUCUAGUGCACCAACAACAUCUGUGAUGCCCUCCGUCUCCCCAUCAUCAAUGCCAACUAAGACACUACUGUCAGCCAGGUAUGAUAUCAAGGGGCUUUCAGAAAGUACAGCUGAGUCGAUUGGUAGGCCUGGUUCCCCACAACAACAGGCUUAUGACUGGACAUUUCAACACCCAGAAUUUGACGAAAUGCCAAAUUGGCGGAAACAGCAAUUGUUUGCAUUGGGGACCUUCUACUUUUCCUUUGAAAAUUGGCCAGAAAAUUACCGGUGGAUCGACUACAGCAAUACAGAAUGUUCGUGGACCACAGACCUGGACUCCCCAGAGGAAUCUGGCUCAACAAGUGCUUGGAGGCCACCAGGAUAUCGUGCGGGUUUCUUGUGUUCUUUUUCAUCAUCUUGCUGUCUACCUUCCCUUCCCUACCCUUUUGACUCAAACUGCAAUGAUGAAGGUCGUUUCUACUACAUGAAGCUGAGACUCGCCAUUUCUGGGACUCUGCCACCAGAAGUAUUCCUCCUCACUGGAAUCACAAUAUUUGAUGUUCGUGAUGCUGGCAUUACUGGAAGUAUUCCUUCGGAGAUUGGUAUGCUUUCCUUGAUGACAGACUUAAAUUUCGCCUCCAAUCAAAUCACAGGACAGCUUCCUUCAGAGAUUGGUUUUCUCACGGAUUUGGACUAUUUGAAUCUUGGCGGCUCCCUUCCAUCAGAGCUGGGCUUGCUGUCUUUCUUCCAGCGCAUCGACUUGGCAUUCAACCAGAUCACUGGUCCUUUGCCGUCUGAAUUGGGUAGCUUCACGAGUAUCACAAGACUGGAUGCCCGUUUCAACAACAUUUCAGGUCUACCUACUGAAUUGGGGCUCAUGACUGAUCUUUUGUAUCUAAUGCUUCGGGACAAUGCCAUUGCAGGAGCUCUCCCAAGUGAAAUGGGCAACUUGUCCAACAUGGCGUAUCUAAGCCUCGAGCGAAACUUGAUUAUUGGAGCGUUUCCAUCUACAUUCAAUCACUCAAGUGCACGUCAAUUUGAUUUACGAGACAAUAGAUUGACCGACAUCCCCACAGAAAUAGGGAACCUUGGAAACGACAUAGAGCAGUUGGACCUAAGCUACAACAAGAUUGCCACCUUGCCGAGUCAGUUAUUUCUCUUGACAAGCCUUUUCGUGCUUCAGCUGGAUGGAAACCAAAUAGAGCAUUUGCCAAAGGAAGUAGAACAGAUGACAAAUCUGGAUCCUUGCGGUGAGGGCUGGGAUGCGCCAGACCGGUAUUGGCUGACAUUGAACGGGAACAAGCUAGCAUCAUUACCUACAGAAAUUGGAAGUCUGACAAACUUGCGGUCUUGGAAUAUGGACAGCAACUCUAUUUCAUCAUUUCCUGGUUUUGAAUGGUCCAACUUGACACACUUGCAGUCAAUUCCGCUGUCUCACAACAUGCUAAAUUCUACAAUUCCAUCCGAACUUGGCCUCCUAGAUGAGCUUGCCGAGUUGGAUCUGUCAUCAAAUGUCUUGGUUGGGAGCAUACCUUCUGAGUUGGGUGGGAUCGUGGGAAGUGUUUCAAGGUGGAAUGAGACUCUCGGUGAAUAUGUUCCACAGGAGGUGCCAAGGGUUAAAAUACUCAAUUUGGGGAACAAUCUACUGAGUGGUUGGUUGCCAUCGGAGCUUGGCCUCUUGACGGAACUGAGAACUCUGGAUUUGUCCAACAAUUACAUGACAGGGUUUAUGAUGACUGAGCUGGGCAAUCUGACAAGUGUGGAAUUAUUGGAUCUUUCCUUCAACCAAAUCUCUGGUCCCAUCCCAACGGAACUUGGCCUACUGGAACAGCUAGCUAGAGUUCCUUGA